AUGACAUACGUAAUCAUUAGUAUCGGCCUUCCUUUGACUCUAGUGGCCAUCUACUCUCUUUAUUCCCAGGUGCAAAAUAACAAUGUUGCUCCAAUCUUCAUCAUCAACCUCCUCAUCUCUGACAUCAUUCAGUUCUGCUACAUGAUCAUAAAAGUGACAGAACCUGUGGAUUUGAAGAUCUAUCGAAUCUUCUUUUAUAUUUACUGCUUUGGUUUGGUGACCAGUGUUGGCUUCAUGGUCUGUAUCGCCCUGGAAAGGUAUUUGAUCAUCGCAUGGCCACUGUGGUACCGCUUCAGAAGAACCAUCAAGAUCUCUCUUGUAGUCUGUGUCGUGGUCUGGACCCUUCCUCUUGUUUAUGUCCUUGUUUUACAUUUCUGGAAUGAUCAUAGGGUCACAAACACCAUUACCCCCGUCUUCCUCCUUGUUCCUUUCCCACUGCUCAUAUUCUUCCUGGGUGGGACCCUCAAAUCGCUGUCUGCUGCCAUCUCAGUCUCCUCUGAUGAAAAACGACGAAUUGUGGGAAUGUUGGUCCUGGUGGUGCUCAUCUACACACUGCUGUUUCUACCCACCACCAUCAUGUACUUGAGAGCAGAAACCACUGAUAAGUAUGAAUUCAGCAUGCUGUUUGCCAUUCUUCUUAGGCUCAGUCCUCUUGCAGACUUGAUUCUGUAUGUUUUCAUGAGGAAAGGGGCCAUAGACAAGCUUUUGGCCUCUCUGUGUUGUUGCAGAAUGAACAGUGAUGAUAAAAGCAGAUCAUCAGUAUGAAAGACAACAACAUGUACACAGUCAGCUCCAUGCAGGCAGAGAAAGAGGGAGAAAGAAAAGGGAGAAAACAGAUGUU